AUGAAUGAUAAUUUUAAUAGUUCAAAUUUUUCAAGUUUCAAAAAUUCACCAACCUUGUUAACACUGACUAAUGAACAAUUAAAUAGAUUAUGGAAUUUGAUAUUGAAAUUUGAUAGAAUAUCAAUAACAUCAACCGAUAUUAAUAUCGAAGAUACUGAUAAUAAUAGUAGUACUGGUGAUGAUCAAUUUAUUUCUAUUGAAAAAUUCUAUAAAUUAUUAAUUAAUUAUCAUAAAUUAAUUGAAUUAAUCACUAUUAAAAAUAAUGAAUUAACAAUUAUGAAAUUCCAAUGUUUUGAAAUCAUUCGUAAUAUUCAACAACAACAACAACAACAAAAGCCGAACACACACAAGAUGUUUAACCAACACAAUUCUACAGCAACUUAUUCUUCUUCUUCUUUUUCUUCAUUUAAUGAAACAGGUAAAAAACUUCAAGAUAUUUUCAACCCAAAAGAAGAAUUUGAUUCUACAAUAUAA